AUGCCACCAAACAAGAUUACAUUUUUAACAUGGGUUGGAGUUUGUCUGGUGCUUUUGACGCUUGUUUGGUUUUGGGUAAAUCUGUAUGGAACGAAGAACGAAGCUUCUUCGUUCCAUACGAAGAAGCUUCUCACUACAAAAGCACCUGAGCUUUUCAACGUUUGCCACAAUGAAGAUCUUCUGAUGAAUCCGGGAUUAAAUUAUACUCAACCAAGCACUCAGAUUGGCCGCAGUGAUGUGAACACAGUGACCAACUGGAACGUUCCCCUGGUUUGGGAUGGAACCUUCGAUCCAGCCGUGAUAGAUGAUAUCUAUAAAAGCAUUAACCCCAGAAUUGCUGUCCUGGUUUUAGCUGUUGGCAAAUACACAAGAUUUAUAAAAGGUUUUUUGGAGUCAGGGGAAAAAUACUUUUUUGUUGGAUUCAGAGUGACAUACUACAUCUAUACAGACAAUGAAAAGGAGGUUCCACAGGUGAGCCUGGCUCCUGGCAGAAACAUGUUAGUCUUGAGUGUUCCCAGUGCAAACCGCUGGCAGGAGGUGGUACUUAGCAAGAUGCAGCGGGCAAUUGAUGCGAUUGAAAAUGGGCUUCAUAAAGACGCUGACUACCUUUUUAUGAUGGACAUCGACAGCGUCUUUCGAUAUCGUUUUGGAGCAGAGUCUCUGAGUCGACUGAUAGCUGUGCUUCAUCGUGGUUAUUACAAGGAUACACACCGUGACCAUUUUCCAUAUGAGCGCCGUCCUGAAUCUCGUGCUUUCAUACCUUAUGGAAAAGGAGACUUCUACUACACUGCAGCUGUGUGGGGUGGUUACACAGACGAUAUGUACAAGCUGGUCAAACACUGUAAUGACAAAUCCUUGGAAGAUGCUGAUAACGGAAUAGAAGCUGCAUGGCAAGAGGAAAGUCAUCUCAACAAAUACUUUCUAUACAACAAACCAACUAAAGUCCUAUCACCAGAAUAUCUGUGGUCGGACUAUGAUGCUGUUCCCAAGGACAUUCACGUUGUCAGGAUCUCUCAAUUAAUCAAGAAUUAUGCAGAAGUGAGACCAAAUGGUGGACAUUGA